AUGGCGAAGCAACUUAAUGUAUUUGUCGCCGCCACCGAUGUCGCCGAUACCGCCGACGAAAAAGCCCCCGUUGAGAGCCGACGGUGCCAACUGCCGGUCACAGUCCAGUCGACGGCCCUGACUGUCGUUGGUCGCGCACGUCGAAAAAACCAGGACUGGCUCAACAACAACGAAGCUGCCAUCAGAAAUCUGCUCGUCGAGAAGAACCGCCAGCACAAAGCCUACGUCAACCGCCCCACUGACGACAACAAAGCAGCUUUCUACCGUAGUCGCCGCUUUGUGCAACAGUGGCUGCGGGAGGUGCAGGACGCUUGGACUGUUCGCAAGGCCGAGGCGAUCCAAGGAUACGCGGACCGCAACGAAUGGAAGAAUUUCUUCUCCGCCAUCAAAACGGUCUAUGGUCCGCCAACAAAAGUAACUCCUCCUCUUCUAAGCGCCAACGGAAGCACCCUACUCACCGAAAAGACACAAGUCUUACUGCAAUGGGCCAAGCACUCCAGAGGCGUCCUCAACCGUCCCUCCACCAUCUUCGACGCCGCCACCGCCCGUCUGACUCAAGUGAAGACCAAAGUUGUCCCCGAUCUUCCGCCUUCUCUCCAUGAAACCAUCAGGGCCGUGCAGCAGUUCUCAAGCGGGAAGCGCCGGAUCGGACGCGAUCCCUGCUGA